UCCAUUGUCAACAAAGAGACCGAGCCGGGUUUCGGGAAGAAGGGAUGACUUCGCGCCGGGCUCUUUGAUGUGUCACACAUAAUUCGGCCUUUGGUUGAGCCGGCGAUGUACGAGAAGUUAACCAUGCUGAACCUGCAAAGCAGUUCAAACUGGAAUGGGCCCAGUGACUGGUACCAUCAACAAAACACUGUACCUACCCAGCACAGCACAGUGUCGGAGGGCUGCCUGGUGGAGGCGGACGCAGGGAUGGGGCUAACAGGAGGAGGAGGAGGGCAGGUAGAGAGGGAUGAAGGUGAAGAGACGCAGCUGCGGCUGCAGCUGAAGAGGAAAUUGCAGAGGAACCGAACCAGCUUCACUCAGGAGCAGUUAGAGGCGCUGGAGAAAGAGUUUGAAAGGACACACUAUCCUGAUGUCUUUGCCAGAGAGCGGCUAGCUAACAAAAUUGACCUCCCAGAAGCGCGGAUACAAGUGUGGUUCUCCAACCGAAGAGCCAAGUGGAGGCGAGAGGAGAAGCUGAGGAACCAGAGGAAGUCCGGAGGCGGGACUUCCUGUGGCCAAACGCACGCUCCGCUGACCACCUCCUUUAACCCGACCAUCUAUCAUCAGCAGCAUGGCAACAGUCCAGUGUCCAUGCUGGGUCACACCGAGACCACUCUUCCUAGCUACAGCUCCCUGUCUGUGUAUUCUGGAGUCCAGUCAGCCCCUCCUCAGUCCGCCCCCUCUUAUUCAUGCAUGCUCCCCCCGUCCCCCUCUGCAUCUCGAUCUUUUGAGGCUUCGUCGUACCCAUCGCCUCACCUUCCUCCUCCUACAGCCAGCACCAGCACAGGUUUGAUCUCUCCUGGUGUUUCAGUACCUGUCCAGGUCCCAGGGAACGAGCAGAACAUGGGGCAGAACCUGGGUCAGUACUGGGCCCGACUGCAGUGAAGACGAAGGGAACAAGCAGGAUGAAGUGGGGGCGAUGAAGGCUGACAUAAGCGUUGAAGGGGAAUUAAGUGCAGAAGGAGAAAGAGAGAAGCCGUGGGUGAACGCUCGACUGUUUCAGUUUGCGCUCUUUAGGGCAGCGUUGAGAAUGCAAGUAUCAGCGUUCUAGAUUCUACCGUUCUAGAUUUCUCGACUUGUGGAUUUCUCCACAACUCAGUCUGAAAGGCGUGCUGCCAUGGAUGCAGUUGGAUGCAGUCAGGGGUGGGCAGUGUGACAAUAUGUUACUAUCUUGAUAAGUUACGUCACAAUGUCCUUUUCUUGGUAAAUCACUUUUCUGAGUGUGAAAAAAACACUGAACAACUGCGUGGG